UGGUUCGCCUACGGCCUGAACACCUCCGGCUCCGACUGGAACAGCCUGCGCAUCAAGAACGUCGACACCGGCAACGACCUGCCCGAGGUGCUCACUCGCCUCAAGUUCAGCAACAUCACCUGGACGCACGACAACCGCGGCUUCUUCUACUCCGCCUUUCCGGGCAUCGAGGGGGACGGCACCGAGACCACCGAGUGCACCUACCAGAAGCUCUACUACCACCGCAUCGGCACGCCCCAGACGGAGGACGUGCUCGUCUACGAGCGGCCCGACGAGCCCAACUACCGCUUCAACGCCUCCAUCAGCGACUGCGGCCACUACCUGCACGUGUGGACCAAUCAUAGCUGCGAGUACAACCUCUGGCACUACCACCGCUUUGCUGAUCCACUGGCGCCGGUCAUCACCGGGCCGCUCGCUCUGGAGACGGUGGUGGACGUCUUCAACGCCGACUACUACUACGUCGCCAAUGACGGCCCGCGGACGGUCUUUCGCACCAACCUCCACGCCAGCAACUUCCGCCUCUGCGUGGUGGACCUCUCCGACGUGGCCGCCGCCCGCCUGCCCGCCUCCUGGACCGACCUGGUGCCGGAGCACCCGAAGGACGUGCUCGAGGGGGCGGUGGCCGCCGCCGGCGACCUGAUCGUCGCCAGCUACAUUCGCGACGUCACCUCGCGCGUCCAGCUGCACCGCCUCGCGGACGGGUCGCUCCUGCGGGAGCUGCCCCUGCCGCUGGGCAACGUCACCGGCCUGGCGGCGAAGCGCGAGCAGAAGGAGCUCUUCUACUCCUUUACCUCCUUUCUCAUUCCGGGCAUUGUCUACCACCUGGUGCUGGAGGGCGAGGGCGUGACGGGGGCCAAGGAGCCGACGGUUUUUCGCGAGGCAAAGCCCGCCAACUUUGACCACACUAAGUUUGUCACUGAGCAGGUCUUCUACGAGAGCAAGGAUGGCACGAAGGUGCCCAUGUUUCUGGUGCACAAGAAGGACUUUACCAAGGACGGCCAGGCGCCCUGUCGCCUCUACGCCUACGGCGGUUUCAACGUCAGCAUCAAGCCGUCCUUUAGUCUGCAGAACAUUAUUCUAAUGGAAAAUCUGGGCGGCCUCUUUGCGCUGGCCAAUAUUCGGGGCGGCGGCGAGUACGGCGAAAAGUGGCACAAUGCCGCCAAGUUGGAGAAGAAGCAGACCUGCUUUGAUGAUUUCAUUGCCGCCGCGGAGUACCUCACCAAGGAGCGCUACACCAGAUCAGAGAAACUGUGGAUCGAGGGCGGCUCCAACGGCGGCCUCCUGAUUGGCGCCGUCAGCAAUCAACGACCGGAGCUCUUUGCCGCCGGCAUUGCCCACGUUGGUGUGAUGGACCUACUGCGCUUUCACAAGUUCACCAUUGGCCACGCCUGGAUGUCCGAGUACGGCAACCCGGAGAAGGAGGCGGACUUUCGCAAUCUGAUUCGCCUCUCGCCGCUGCACAAUGUCCCCGGCGAUGUGGACCGCUUUCCGGCCACCCUUCUUCUGACGGCUGAUCACGACGACCGCGUCGUCCCCUUGCACUCCUUCAAGCUGAUUGCCGAGCUGCAGCACAAGCUAGGGGAGAAGGUGGGCGCCAGGACGCCGCUGCUUGCCCGCAUCGAUACAAAGUCUGGUCACGGCUUUGGCAAGCCUACGGAGAAGAUUAUUGAAGAGGUUGCCGACAUCUACAGCUUCAUUAUCAAUGCGCUGAAGUUGGAGUACAAGCAGCAGCAGUAG